UGUAGGCAAAAAAAAAAAUCAACCCUCAGCUCUUUUUCUUUCUUUAAGCUCUGCCUUUUACUCUUUCUCCAAUCUCUAUAGUCUAUCCCCAUCUACAGCUAUUAGCCAGCUUUUUUUUAUGGCUGUUUUCUUUCGUCUAAUGAGCUAGGUGGACUCAAAACCCUCUUCUUCUUAGUGGAAGAAGAUGGCAUUACAACGACAUGAACAACAAUAUUCACAACAGCAACAGGAACAGAACAACCCUUCGUUCUUGCUAGAUGCUCUUUACUGUGAAGAAGAGAAAUGGGAAGAGGAAGAGGAUGAAAAUGAUGUAGGGGAAGUUUUACAAGGAGAGACUUCCAGAGCCUGUAAAAAUGCCAGGAACGCUUCUCUUUUUCCACUUUUGUUGGAGCAAGAUUUGGUCUGGGAAGAUGAGGAGCUUGUUUCACUCUUCUCUAAAGAAAUUCAGCAACAGUCGGCUCAUCUCAAUCCCAACAAUGUGGAAACUGAUGAGUCUCUAGCAGUGGCUCGCCGUAAGGCCGUUGAGUGGAUGCUAAAAGUCAAUGCUCGCUACGGAUUCACCACUCUUACAGCUGUACUUUCCAUUAACUAUCUGGAUAGGUUCCUAAGUAGCUUUCAAUUUCAAAGAGAUAAGCCUUGGAUGAUCCACCUUGUAGCCGUGACUUGUCUCUCUUUGGCUGCAAAAGUUGAAGAGACGCAAGUGCCUCUUCUUCUAGACCUACAGGUUGAGGAGGCAAAAUAUGUCUUUGAGGCCAAAACUAUUCAAAGAAUGGAGCUUUUGCUUCUCUCCACUUUGAAAUGGAAGAUGCAUCCAAUUACACCGCUUUCAUUUCUUGAUCACAUUAUAAGAAGGCUUGGACUGAGGACUCAUCUCCAUUGGGAGUUUCUAAGGAGAUGUGAGCGUCUCCUCCUCUGUGUAAUCUCUGAUUCAAGAUCUGUCCAUUAUCUCCCCUCUGUAUUGGCCACUGCAACAAUGAUGAACGUUAUAGACCAAGUUGAGCCUUUCAAUCCCAUUGACUGCCAGAACCAACUUCUGACUGUUCUUAAAAUAAGCAAGGAAAAAGUAAAUGACUGUUACAAGCUCAUUCUUGAUCUAUCAACAAAACCCCAAAAUAAUGCAGAUAGCAAUCCUCCUCAUCUCCACAAGAGGAAGCUUGAGACGGUUCCUGGCAGCCCAAGUGGCGUGAUUGAUGCUGCUUUUAGCAGUGAUAGCUCAAACGAUUCUUGGGCUGUGGGGUCGUCAGUCUCAGUGUACUCAUCACCUGAGCCACCCUUUAAGAAGAGCAGAGCCCAAGAACAAGGAGUGCGUUUACCAUCACUCAACCGAGUCUUUAUAGACGUCGUUGGCAGCCCAUCUUAAUCUCUCUCUGUCCAAAAAAGAUCUAUAUUUAUUAUGCUUAUGUCUCCUUUUGGUUCAAACAGAAAACAAAAGUAGAAAGUUCUGCUUUGCCUUCCCAUCUCUACAAUUCCAAGAAUCCUCCAAAUUCUUAUUUCAAACUGAUGGAAUGGGGGAUGGAGAGAGUUGUUGAGAGACGGGUCGCAAAUUAGACAAAAAAGAAAAAAAAAGGUGCAUUGAAGAAUGUAUGCAGUCAAUUUCUUUGUAUAUUUGGCACCUCUAUUUUUCCAUCUGCAAGUGUCUUUUCAAAGCAGUACUUUAUAUGGACAUACAUCUAAUAUUUUACUAUUAUAUCAUCAUAUA